CACACAGACACACGCUCGCUCUCCCUGAAGGAGGGAGGCAGGCAGCGACAGAGAGGAUCCAGACCAGGCGAUCUGCCCGCACGCCGGCGCCGGGCUCUCACUAAACGGCUGUGACUGGCUUUUUCCUGCGCUCCUUUGCCUAAUUCAUUCCUGCCCCGGGCCGGCGAGGGCUGGGUGCAACAGUACACCGUGACUCGCUGACAGGGAAUGCAGAGCGGCUCUGGCCUCUGGUUGUUACUGCUGGAUGGACAAGCAGCGACAAAGCAGCGGGAGAGGAGGCGAGCGGAGGCGCGGCGGCAGCUGAGGAGCUUUCUCCACUGCUCCUUUGUGUCGGCGUGCUGCUUUUUCCUGUGUUGUUGGUGACAUUUGAGCCUGUGACACCACCACUGGACCACAGGCGGGAGGAGGAGAAGGACUUCUUGGAUGAACUUUGCUGCCGCAGACGCGUUUCGCAGGAGUGAAGGGAGCGCGUUGUGUUUGUGGAGUCCGCAGACUUUUUGCCGUCAGUGAGAGACAACAGACGACAACAGAGCCUCCUUCAGGGGCAUUUCCAGGGAAUAAUAGCGCCUCGUCGAUCCGCUCCACCGCUGUCUUCUUCUGCAAGAACGGCCUGGACAAGUCAAGAGUGAGUCUGAACUAGAUCGGGCUCAGAUCAGCAGAUAACACCUCCGCGCUCGCUGCAGGAACUGGUUAGACUAGUUUGGAAGUCGGAGGAGAGGGCAGGGCAGUUUAACCCUGCCUGAAGGAGAGCUGCUUCACUUUCCUCCCACACGUCCUUUUCAGAGAGAGAGAGAGAGAGAGAGAGAGAGGAGCUGAGUUUGAUUUGGUCCUCAUCACUUUGUGGACAUAGGUGUGUUUUUUUACUUUACCACUUCCAAGCGGGGGAGACAGAGAGAGAAAGUCAGAGGGAGGGAGAGAGGAAGAAGGAGUCAAAGUGUAAUUUAUUGUUUCCUGUGAAGAGAGCGAGGCUGCGCCCUUUUAUCCUACCUGAACUCUGAACCGCUGAAUGUCUGACUGAAGUUUCCUCAUACUUCGGGAGCUAUUGAUCGGAGGUCAAAGGAGACGACAGAAGGGCGAGAGAAAAGAGCAACGGAUUAAACAAGAAAGGGAGGGCGAGGGAGCGAGAGGGCGAGCGAGAGAGAGAGCAGUGCUGGGAAGGACCUCCAGGUCGGCCUAACCAGACGGCAAAGGGGAAAAAGGUCAACUCGCCGGAGCCUGGAGCGACUUCCCAACACUUUUUAGACCUUUCUCAGCGAAACCUGUCUUGACUUUCAGACCUGGAUUCAGCGUUGAUCGGGGUUCUUGAACUCGGAGCGUAGCCGGCCGCUGCGGGACCGGCCUCAGAGAACAUGGCCAUGGUGAGCGGGGGAUGGGGCCACCCCAGCAGGGACACGAACGGGCUGGGGGAGAAGGCGUACCUGCGGAGGGAGGAGGAGGACGGGUCGCCGCAGGCCGGGAGCAGCGACGUGGACGUGGGCGACGACGACAAGGCCUGCGUGGUGGACUGCGUGGUGUGCGGCGACAAGUCCAGCGGCAAGCACUACGGCGUGUUCACCUGCGAGGGCUGCAAGAGCUUCUUCAAGAGGAGCAUCCGCAGGAACCUCAACUACUCGUGCAGGUCAAAUCGAGAAUGCCAAAUCGACCAGCAUCACCGCAACCAGUGCCAAUACUGUCGCCUGAAGAAAUGUUUCCGCGUUGGGAUGCGCAAAGAAGCGGUCCAGCGAGGGCGCAUCCCGCCGUCCCACGCAGGCAUCAGUCCCAACUCCCUGGCGGGCGGCGGCGUGGGGGGGGCGGGGCCCGGUCACGCCGGCACCGACUACUUCAACGGGCAGCCGGUGUCGGAGCUGAUCUCCCAGCUCCUCCGGGCCGAGCCGUACCCCAGCGGCCGCUACGCGGGCCCGUACGGCCAGACGCAGAUGCAGACGUCCUCGGGCGGCGCCAGCGUCAUGGGCAUCGACAGCAUCUGCGAGCUGGCCGCCCGGCUGCUCUUCAGCACCAUCGAGUGGGCCCGGAACAUCCCAUACUUCCCAGAACUGCCCGUCUCAGAGCAGGUGGCGCUGCUGAGGCUCAGCUGGAGCGAGCUGUUCAUCCUGAACGCGGCCCAGUCGGCGCUGCCUCUGCACAUGGCUCCGCUGCUGGCGGCCGCCGGCUUCCACUCGUCUCCGAUGUCGGCCGAGCGAGUGGUGUCCUUCAUGGACCAGGUCAGGGUCUUCCAGGACCAGGUGGACAAGCUGAACCGGCUGCAGGUGGACUCGGCCGAAUACAGCUGCCUCAAAGCCAUCGCGCUCUUUUCGCCUGACGCGUGCGGGUUGACCGACCCGGCUCACGUGGAGUCCCUGCAGGAGAAGGCCCAGGUGGCCCUGACGGAGUACGAGAGGCUGCAGUACCCCAACCAGCCCCAGCGCUUCGGCCGCCUGCUGCUGCGCCUGCCCGCGCUGCGCGCCGUGCCGGCCAGCCUCAUCUCCCAGCUCUUCUUCAUGCGGCUGGUGGGCAAGACGCCCAUCGAGACGCUGAUCCGGGACAUGCAGCUGUCGGGGAGCUCCAUCAGCUGGCCCUACGCGCCGGGGCAGUGAGGCCCGCGCGGAUCGGACGCAGAACAAAUAUGAAAACCGCCCGGGGUUCGAUGUUGAAAGGCCGUGUUUGUGGGUGUAGAGGUCAGUUUAUCCUUGAGUAUCUCUACGUGAAGUCCCGCUUGAUCGCUCUCAGUUUCACCCUGGUCAGAACAGAACACAACACAACAAAACCAGUGCUUUAAGAAACGCAGACUCUACCUGAGGCCCAGCGCCUGUACUACCUCCUCCCACGUCCCCCCGAAUGUGACUCUGAGCAUUUCCCUCUGCUUUGUUCAAGUGAAGCCAUAGCACUGCAACCCGAGACGUGCUGUGUAAAGUUUGAUACCAGACUUUGUUACCAAAUGUGUUUGUGAAGGCUGCAACGUGUGGCACGACGCAGCAUUAAAACAAGGAAGAGGCACAGGCUUUGCCUUUUAUAUGAUGAGAACUACCUUACAGCCUCUCACUGUAUUCGAGCAUUGGAACCUGUCAGCUGUUUUCAUGUCUCUGCGCUGUCGUCAGGCUGACGGAGCCGUACGCAUGCUGUGCUGCCACACAAUGACAUUUUCAUAACCUGGUUUCUCGUCGAGGGCGGUCACAUCCCCGUUUGACGUUAUUACCUCAUAUUUUCUACAUAUGCAGUGAACAAUGAAGGUACAGCAAAUGUAGAGUCUAAAACCCUACGCAGUAAAUCUGAUCCCCAGACUUAAAGUGUGACACCAGGGAAAAAAUAAUAAUGUUCCUUUCAUGAGGGUACAGGUAGUUCAUUCUGAUUUGUUAUUAGCAACGCCUCAUGGACAGAGGUCGGAGAGAAUUUAAUCGUUUCACGUUGUUGGGAUUUAUACUGUUUUUGGUACUGAAGCUGCAGGUACUAAGUGGUUCCUGAGCUGUAGCCUGAUGAGCUGCUGUGAAUGUUUCUGACCUGGCGCGUCAGACCGACAGCGUUGGGUGAACAUGUUUUUAUAUACGUUUAUUGUGUUCUAUUUCUUUAUAACUGUGCCCCCAAUGACUCUGACCCCUGAUGCUGUCACACAACAGCCCAUCAGUUCAUCAUGCUGUUCCCCAGUCAGAUUUGGUUUCUGGGAUCUAGUAAAUUGACUGUGUACCUUUACAUGUAUUUUACUGACCACGACAAAAGUACAGAAUGCUAAAAAGUUCUGCCUGGUUCUGCAUUACUAGAAAUAAUAAAAUGUGUAUUUUUAAGUCUCCAGAACCAGAGAAUGAAUCGGAAAUUAUUCACCACGUAUCAUGAAACAGUCCAACAAUUCCCAUUCUACAUUAAUGUGUCAAUUUUCUCCACAUUCCACACAUUUGAUGAUUAAAUGGACUGUAAACAAAAAAUUAUUGGUUAUAUUAAAUAUAAAGAUUUAUAAAGAU